AUGAUUGAAUCUAUUAAACGAGGAAAGAUACGAGAAUUGUGUCUAAAUGAACUGUUACUAAACGAAAAGGAAGAUAUUAUUAAUAUGAGUGUCAAACCAGAUUAUAAAAGAACUUUUAAAUAUAAUAUGGCUAGUCCGUCAAAUACCAAAGUUUCUGAUUAUGAUGUGACCACGAGUAUUGACUGUCAAAGAUUUUCUGUUGAUGAUAAUAUUAUAUAUGAUAUUGCUUAUGAACGAUAUCGACAUCAAAGAGAAUCGUAUUUAUUAAGAUUAAAAAGUUCAGAAGAACAAGACAGACAGACGAGAAGAAGGCAUAAAAAUGCUCAAGUAGGAAGUAAAACUGACUUAGAUCAUCCAGAUAAUGAAAGAUUAGUUACUCGUAAAUUCUUACAAGAUUAUAUUGAUAGGGAAUUUAAUGAAAUAUCUAGAUUCACUCGUCAAAGAAAUCGUAUUCAUGACAAUGAACAUUAUAUCAUUGGUGAUGCUCCGUUUAGAACUCCUGAUUAG